CGAGAAGAAAUGAGCAAGAUUCAGGAUGAUAUUAAUCGUGAAAGACAGAGAAUCGCAGAGAAAAAGGUUCAAUUGAGUCACAUUUGCUCCGAACAAAUGUUGAUAUUUGAUACAGGUCUCCCAGGCGCAGAGAAGAGAAUGGGAUUCUGGAAAACCAGGAGUUGGUUUCAUGGAUUCAAAGACGUUGCCAAAUUCAGAUCUCAAUCUUCCAACACAAGGACCCUCAUAAGGGUUGAACAAUCUUUCCAAUCUCUAACUCAAAAGACAUAUCACCUCGUGGCCUGGUCUCUGCGCAUAUCAUCAAAAGUCAGUGUUUAUGCCAUAGAUGGUUUAGGUUGUGCAUUGUGCUUACUCUAUCUGCAGAUGACGCCGGCUGAACGACUACGCCAACACCAAAGGGCGCUCGCAAAGGCACAGCGAGAGCUGGACAGAGAAAGAACAAAAUUGGAACAACAAGAGAAGAAACUCAUAGCGGAUAUUAGGAAGAGCGCAAAGGCCGGACAGAUGAAUGCUUGCAAGGUGAUGGCCAAAGACCUGGUGAGAACGCGAAGAUACGUUCAGAAAUUUUACCAAAUGCGCACCCAACUUCAAGCCGUUGGUCUACGAAUACAGACUUUGAGAAGUAAUCAACAAAUGGCCGAUGCCAUGCGAGGUGCUACCAGAGCGAUGGGUGCUAUGAAUAGAGGAAUGAAUCUACCAUCAAUUCAACGCAUCAUGAAUGAAUUCGAGAAAGAGAGUGCUAUGAUGGACAUGAAGGAAGAAAUGAUGUCUGAUGCUGUCGACGAUAAGCUGGGCGAGGCCCCGACUGCCCUUCAUUCUGCAGCAACACCCGUGGCAAACAAGAAACAAGCGGUAGCACUGGGAGGAGACGAUAGUCUUGGGGCGCCUUCCGGCGGUGGUAACGAAACUGUUACCUCAGCCGAAGAAGACGCAUUGCAGGAAAGACUGAACCGAUUGCGAGGACCAUGA